GUAUUAGUGGCGCUGUACUGUCUUUAUACUCUUUGGUCUUUAAUUUUUAUGGUGUGGAUUUGUGGAACUUGGAAGGAAUCCGCCGCUUCUAAGUGUAAUUUUACCGCCUGUAGUGAUAAUCCGUUAAAGUAGUCUAAUUUUAGCGAGAUUUUAUCUUGUGUUAAGCAUUUGUAUUAGGCAGUUAUUGUAUAUUAUCUUCAUUUCCGUACAUUUAAUAAAUUUCCAACAUGUUUUGGGGAUUAAUAAUGGAACCGAACAAGCGGUACUCCCAAGUUGUGGAGAAACCAUUCCAUAUCUCGCAGGCGGCUAUGGACAUCUCAACCGGUGACAAUGAUCCUUGCCAAGUCAUGAUUGUGGUGGAUGGCAAGAACUUCCUCGUGUGCACAUUGCAGAAGAACAAAACCAUUCAAGUGCCCCUUGAUUUGUAUUUCAAGGCUGGAGAUUCGGUUUCUUUUUUGACCAAUGGCAAAUGCAAUGUCCAUUUAACGGGAUACUUGGACCCUGAAUUUGAGGAUGAGCCUUCAGACGAGGAGGAGGCAGAAGAAGAAGAAGAGGAGGAAGUACCAGCUCUGGUCCCUGCUAAGAAUAAGAGGAAACUAGAGAACAGCAAUGAGGGCAGUGCUAACAAGAAGGCUAAGCAAGAGAAAAAGGGCAAGAAGGCUGCUGCUGCCGAAGACAGUUCUGACUCAGAGGAUGAAGGAGACGAUCCAUUACAGAAGUUCCUAGAGGGUGAGGACAUUGAUACUGAUGAAAAUGAUGAAUCUUUCAAGGCCAAUACAUCCGCUGAAGCAACAGACAGUGAUGAAGAAGAUGAUGAUGAAGAAGAAGAGGAGGAUAACGAUGACGAUGAAGAAGAAGAGGAAGAUUCUUCGGAAAAGGCAGAAACAACUCUUGAAAGCAGCCAGGACGGCAGCAAUGUAGAUGUCUCCAAAUUGUCGAGGUCUCAGAAACGUCGCCUUAAGAAAAAACUUCAAAAAGAGAAACAGCCACAAGUGAAUGGAGUUGACAAACCCAAGAAAGAGAAACAAGCGGAGCAGCAAAAGGUUGACAAGAAAAAACCUGAAGCUAAAAAAGAUGCUCAAGAUGGUGAAAAGAGAGAAAAGAAGACACUCUCAGGUGGAGUGUUUAUUGAAGACAUAAAAGUAGGCACCGGACCAGUCGCUAAACCUGGCAAAGUCGUCCUGGUGUAUUAUGAAGGUCGUCUGAAGCAGAACAACAAGAUGUUUGACAGCUGCCAGAAGGGACCUGGUUUCAAGUUCAAGUUGGGUGCCAAGGAAGUUAUCACUGGAUGGGACAUCGGUGUUGCUGGUAUGAAGGUCGGAGGAAAGAGAAAGAUUGUAUGCCCACCUGCGAUGGGCUAUGGUGCUAAAGGCUCCCCACCAGUUAUUCCACCGAACUCAACCUUAGUGUUUGAAGUAGAAUUGAAGAACAUCAAAUAAGCAACAAUAAAACAUCAAGAGUGCAGUGUAUGGACAUAUUUGUUUCCGUUGAAUUGAUUGUUAUAAAUUGAAUGCCAUUGAGAGAAUGCUUUCAGCAUGCCUACUUUUAUAUUAAUAUGGAGCAUCAUCAAAGAUAAAGUUUAUUUUUUUUAAUUGACAUUUCAAAAGUAUCCAAGUUAAAUUCUUUUUGUUGGUGCUCUAUAUUAGUUUUUAACAUGUAAGUUGAUAAUUUUAGACAGUAAGAAUAAACAGGAUAUAUAGAUUUUAAGAACUUAAAUAUCAUCAACUUAAAAGUUAUCAUGAUUUCUGGGUGGACAACAGUUUUAGCCGCACUUUUUAAACUAAAUAUUCCUUAAAUUAUAAAUUAACAUCCUAUCAAUGUAUGCUAAGUAUUGAGGGAAGUUUCUUUUCUAUUUUUCUAAAUAUGUAAGUAAAUCUCAUUAUUUUUUUAAACUGCUAUCAGUUGACAUUUUACUUGUUUGAUAUUCUAUUUUAUUCAACUUUACAAAUUAAAGAUAGUUUGUAAGAAAUUUAAUAAAUAAAUUCUUGUUUAACUUUGAAUGUAGUUCGUUUUCAAGCAUUUUGUUGAGUUAUUGGUUAAAAAAAAAACUGUGCUAAUGUUAUUUAAAGAAAAUAUUCAGUUUCCUGAUUAAAUUUAUCUGUCCUUCAAUGUAAUAAAAUUUUAGCUUUGAAUUACAUGACUACUGUAGAAUUUUGACUCAGUAUAAAAUGAAAAUAUUUGUAAUUUAAAUCUAUGAAAAGCUUUGAUGUAAAAUAUAGCAAGUAUUUCAAUUAA